UCGAGUUUGUACACUGAUUUUGAUAAUAACAUGAUUGCGCCGGGUGAUUGAUACAUGGUAUGCACAUGAGUAGAGGUGUAGUAAGAGUAGCACGCAAACCACUCACAUAGUUAAUUAAUCGAAACUAAAUUCAACGGCUGUGCACUCGUUUAUCCUUUUGGAGACAAUUCAACCCUACCUGUUGUUUGAUCGAGAAUAGCGACGCUACACACGAUACACAUAUAAUAUAUAUAUUUAUCAGAAGAAAAGGUAUAGUCGACCGCCAUGGACCGGUGUGCCGAGAUGAACGACGAUCGCGGGCAGCCGAAAGUAGCGGCGAUGGACGACGAGCGGUGUUCGCUGAAGAAAUCGUCGUCAUGCGGCCGAUUGGCCGUCGCCGCCGACAGAACCGUGGAAGACAUCCGCGGGUACUGCCGUCAGUGGAACAUGCCGUCCGACGUUUACAGGCCGGUGGCGGGCACCCGCAAGUUCCGGCUGGCCGAUCUGAUCGCCGAGCUGUACCGGGUGUUUGACGAGGACCGCGUCAACGUGGAGUACGUGCGGUACCUGAUGGAGUCGUACCAGAGCGACCCGGGCGAGUGGCUCAAGUACGCCAAGUUCAACAAAUUCCGGUACACCCGCAACCUAGUGGACGCGGGCAAUGGCAAGUUCAACCUGAUGGUGUUAUGCUGGGGCGAGGGCAACGGGUCGUCCAUACACGACCACCCCAAUUCGGAUUGCUUCAUGAAGAUCCUGGCCGGCCAGCUGUCCGAGGUACGGUUCGCGUGGCCAAAAGACACCGGCGCAGACGCCGACGACCAGUAUGUGUCCGCGUGCGACGACCUAAAGCCGUUGAUGGAGUUCAGCCGGACAUGUUUGGAGACCAACAGCGUGUGUCACAUAAAUGAUUCGAUGGGCUUACACCGAGUAGAAAAUUCGAGUCACACUGACAAGGCCGUGAGCUUACACUUGUAUUGUCCGCCAUUCGAAGAGUGCUCUACGUUCAACCAGCACACGGGACACAGGAUAAUCGCCAAGGCAACGUUUUGGUCGAUAUACGGGAAGAAGGUUACCAAGAAACGCGACGAGGAAAACUAUGUACCUGAUGAUAACUGAUUUUGACAACAAUAAUUAAUUGUGCUGAACGCAAUUUUCUAAAUAUUUGCAAUAUUUAAUAAUUAUAUUAAACAACGACGUCAAAAUAUACAAGCUACAAUAAUUAUUAUAUACUAUACAGAUUAUUCGCGAAUUUUUAUAUGUGUAACUGCUAUAUAGUUUGUAGAUAUACAAAAAGAAAUCAGUCUUACUUAAAAAUGAUAAGGGAAAAAAUUGUUUUAAAGACACGAUUUUUAUUCGUUUUGUACAAAAGCAAACAUAUAUACAUACGGCAUACCUACCUUAAACGCAAAGGAAAUUUAUAAGUAUUAAUAAUAAAACUAUAUUUAUAUACCUAUAUUUAUUUCUUA